AGAAUCCUGUGGAUGUAUUCUUUAGUCUUUACUCUCAAAUUAGUUUCAAUAACCAAAAAAAGAAGGAACGGAAAAAAAAAAGGUGAAAAAGGAAAAAAAACAAAAUAAAUUGUUUGUAUAUGUUGGAUUACUGCUUCAAGCCUACUACUUAUACAGUUGUACUCUUCACAUUUUUGCUACCCAACAAGACUCAAUCUACUCAUAGUUCUGCUUUCGAGCUCUGCUUUGCUUCCCCUGGCGAACUUCAAAUCGACCAAACCGUUCGCCGUAUUCUACGAGCCCCUGCAUUUUUCUAAUUCCUCUUUCUCUUUCUGCCAAUCUCCUUUCUCUUCAUUUCAGUCGAUAAAGAAUACAUUUUGUUAUUGAUCAAGUACAUUUCUUUAGUUGUUGGAACUCAAAACCAAGUGGGUUGUGUAAAGAUUGUAUCUUUUUUGGGAAGCUAUGUAAGGCAUGUGGGUUAUGAAAUAUUGGUGGGUUCAAGACAGUUAUCACAGCUCAGAGAUGGAAUGGAUAUCUUUCGUGGAUUUAGGAGAGGACCAUUUAUGAGAGAAAACACAGUUGAAAUCUGUGAAUGGGAUUGAUUGGAUUGAUGUGAUUUGUGAAAGGUGAAAUCUUGCUAUCUUUGAGAUUGGUGCUUGGAGUUCAAUUCAAGAGGCUUUCAGUCUUUAAGCUCGGUUUGAGUUCACACUGUGUUUGCUGCUGAAGAGUUUUUAGAGGGCAUCCUCAGUUUUCUCUGUCUGCUGCAAAAUUUACUACUGUUUUUUCCAUCAUGCCCCUCCGAGAGUUUUUGCAAAUGUUCAGGGGAGAAAUUGCAUCUCCCCAUGAAAAAGCGCCAUCCCCUACUGAAUUAUCUUCAGGGCAAGUCUCUUUCUGUUUCCAGUUGCAUUUGUUUCCAAUUCUAUGGGGGUUGUUUUUUAAAUCAUUUGAAGGACAAUGCCUGUGUUCUAUGUUCACUGUUGAUUACCUGUGAUGGGAUUUUUCUUACAAUUUUGCAGCCCUGAAAAUGAGCUUGUUGAACUAGUGUGGGAAAAUGGUCAGAUUAUGAUGCAAGGUCAGUCUUGCAGGGCUAAGAAGGGUCCUCUGGUAAAUGAUUUCCAAUCGCAGCCUCUUCCUCGGCUUCAAGAUAGAUACACAGGAAAUUCCACCAUUUCAAAAGUUGAGAAGUUUGGCGCUCCAGUCUCCUCCUUCCGUGAUCCUCCACCAUCAGUGCAAUCACGGGAUUUUUAUUUAAAUCAAGAAGAUGAGAUGGUGCCUUGGUUACAGUAUCCUGAACCUGAAGAUGAUAGCUUUAAAGAGGAUUUUUGCUCUGAAAUUUCUGCAGAAAUUUCUGGCAUCACGAAUAAUGAUCCAUCCAGCCAUGAUGGUUUCUUGUCAUUGGUUCACGGAAAUUUUAACAAUGUCCUUCAGAAUUCACAUGUAGUUCCAGUCCAUAACAACACAAAUUUGGAUGUGGGGAAUGUGGCAAAGGUGUCUUCCAGAACAGGCUUCUUGAAUUCAUACUUCCCUGUUCAAGAUCAAACAUCUCCUUCACUAGUUGGAUCUGGAGUUUCAAAUGCAGAGACAAAUACUACAAGGAACCGAAAAAUUGCUUUUUAUGGGAAUUCAGUGGAGGGCGGAGCUUCUGCUGAUGAUUUCAAUAGCAUGAAAAGUCAGAAGCAGAACACAAGCCUGCAAGCAAGUGGAACCAGUUCUUUGAAUUUCUCGCAUUUCUCCAAACCUGUUGCUCUUGCCAGAGCUAGUUUGGAGAAAGCUGAUUGCUUGACUGCUUCCUGUUCAUCGGGUGUACAGAAGAUGGGAAGUGAGAAGCUCUCAGCUGCAAGUAGUAGCACUCCUACCAAAUCCUCACAUGUUCAACCAUGCAGUAGCUCACCAAAUGAAAUUUAUUUUCACGGUCAACCUAAAUUGGUCUCAUCCAAGAUAAAUCUACGAGAAGUUAAGGAGUUGGACGAGUCGUCCCAUGUGGAGCCAUCUCAUGCUCGGCUUCAGGAAAAUGUGAUCAAAUCUCCCAGCCAAGCAGCUGGUGCUGGCAUCCUAGAAGAAGCGACAAAUGCCGAGAAACCUGCUGAACAUGUUGUUGCUGCUUCUUCCGUAUGCUCUGGGUACAGUGGUGAGGGAGCUUCGAAUGACCAGAUCCGUAAUUCAAAGCGAAAGAUUCGGGAGAAUGAUGAGUCUGAAUCAAGAAGUGAAGAAAAUGAAGAAGAAUCUGUUCGUGUGAAAAAACAUAAUGCUCGAGGAGGUUCUAGUGCAAAGAGAAGCCGAGCUGCAGAAGUGCACAAUCUCUCUGAGAGGAGACGGAGAGAUAGGAUAAACGAGAAGAUGCGUGCAUUACAAGAACUUAUACCUAAUUGCAAUAAGGCUGACAAGGCGUCAAUGCUUGAUGAAGCCAUUGAGUAUUUGAAGACACUUCAACUUCAAGUUCAGAUGAUGUCAAUGGGAGCGGGCUUGUGUAUGCCCCCCAUGAUGUUUCCUACUGGAUUGCAGCAUAUGCACCCUGCUCAUAUUCCCCAUUUUCCAUCCUUGGCUGGUGGAUUGAGCAUGGGAAUGGGCUUCGGAAUGGGAAUGCUAAACAUGAAUUCUAGACCUCCACGAUUUCCUAUAUAUCCGGUACCUCCAAUGCAAGGUGCACAUUUCCCUUCUCCUAUUCCAGGGACUUCUGCCUUCCAAGGUAUAGCUGGAGCAAACCUCCAGGUUUUUGGACAUCCAGGUCAAGGACUCCCUAUGCCAGUUCCAAGAGCUCCAUUGGUUCCCCUGAUGGGACAGGAUCCUGUAAGUUCAGCUAUGGGGUUGAGUACCACAACAUCGGGGGUCCCUGUAGAAGCUCCGAGUACAUCCCCGACCUUGAAUUCUGAAGAGCCACUGCAUAAUGAAAAUUCACAGCUAGCUAGAAAUGCCGAUGCUAGCAGCUCGAUGAAUCAGAUAACCAAUCAGCUGCAAGCAACAAAUGUGUCAAACGCGGAUUUAGACCACUCUGUCUUGGCACCAAAGGAUGAUCGACCAUCAACCAUUAGUGCUGCUGCUGCCGAUAACUUUACGAGUGAUGUUGUAUCUAGCAAAGGUCCAUAGCAUCAUCUACCCUUGCUCUUUUCCAUAUCACGAAUUAGGAAGUUUCGCGAUUCAACAGAAGAAAUUUUAUGAAGAGGCAAUAUGUUUCAUUUUCCGCGGGUGACUUAACAGAGCUACAGGGAGAGUAAUCUUGGGUGGUUACAUGAAAUUUUUAGACUCUUGUACACCAAGUAGCCGCGCUUCAUGUCCAGAGAAAACCUAUGAUAACUAAGAUGAGCUUUUUGUGUUUUGUAGUCGAAGCUGAGGACAAGGUUUCCCGAGUAACCAUCUGAAUUCUAACUUCAGGACUGUAAAUGAGAAGCUGCACAGUGUAAUAUAUCCUGAUAUGUACAAUCUUUAGGAUUGAUGAACUCUGCUGUAAGAGCAACUCUUUUUUGAUCCAGAAUAGGAAAUAAUUUAUUCACCAAUGAUGUUAUCAGAACCUUUUUUGAGGGAUUAUCUUGAACUCGGGUGGAACAAGCAAUACGGAUCAAACUUCAUGCCUCCAGGUUGGAUAGUUUAUUAAGCGCCCGCUAACAACUCUGAUUAAAUGUUGGUUCUUUUGAGAAGUCAUUUCAUAAACAAUAGUAAAGCCUUAUCAUUGAAGUUAGAACCAUGCUUCAAGCCUAAAAAGCAAGCAUCCAAAUGUUGUGCUUGUAAAAUUUGCAAUGCCCGUGCUUUGCAGUUGCAGCUGUAUUUUGGGCUAACUUUUUCGCUGUUUCAUGUCCUUUUGUGGAUUACAUUUGGUUGGCUUUUGCUUCAGCAUGACGACAUUGAACCCUUAAUUAUUUUUGCAAACUCGCACGUGUUCAUGUGUUUGACAACUUCAACUGAUUUGACUGUCUUUUUUUUUUUUUAAUACACGAUUCAGUGA